AUAUAUAUAUACACACACACGCGCAUUUCUUCUACGGAGAGAGAGAGAGAUUUGAAAAUGGCGAAGGACAAGUAUAUCGUGGAAGUUGAGCCAGGGAAGCCUGCCGAGGAAGGAAAGCCGUCGACCGGACCGGUUUAUCGGAGCAUUUUUGCUAAGGAUGGUUUUCCGGCUCCGAUUCCCGGACUUGACAGCUGCUGGGAUAUUUUCCGUUUGUCGGUAGAAAAAUAUCCCAACAACAAGAUGCUUGGUCGCCGUGAACUUGUCAAUGGGAAGCCAGGUAAAUACUUAUGGAUGACUUACAGAGAGGUGUACAACAUAGUUGUGAAAGUUGGUAACUCCAUCCGCAGUAUUGGCAUUGAGCAAGGAGGACGUUGCGGAAUCUAUGGUGCCAAUUCACCUGAGUGGAUUAUGAGUAUGGAGGCAUGUAAUGCUCAUGGACUCUAUUGUGUCCCUCUGUAUGACACGUUAGGGGCUGGGGCAAUUGAGUUCAUCAUCUGUCAUGCUGAAGUCGCACUAGCCUUUGUUGAAGAGAAAAAGAUCUCCGAGCUUUUGAAAACAUUUCCAGGCGCAGCAAGUUACUUGAAAACAAUUGUAAGCUUUGGGAAGGCUACUCCUCAACAGAAGGAAGAAGCUGAAAAAUAUGGGGUGACUAUGUAUUCUUGGGAUGAAUUUUUGUCACUGGGAUCAAAUGAGGACUUUGAACUUCCAGUGAAAAAGAAAAGCGACAUUUGCACUAUAAUGUAUACUAGUGGUACCACUGGAGACCCCAAGGGAGUCCUGAUUUCUAACAACAGCAUUGUCACUUUGAUAGCUGGAGUAAAACGCUUAUUAGAGAGUGUCAAUGAAUCGUUGACCAUAAAUGAUGUGUAUCUAUCAUACCUUCCAUUGGCCCAUAUCUUUGAUCGUGUUAUUGAAGAGUGUUUCAUUAAUCAUGGGGCUUCAAUUGGAUUUUGGCGUGGGGAUGUAAAGUUAUUAACUGAAGAUAUAGCGGAGCUUAAGCCAACAAUUUUCUGUGCAGUUCCCCGCGUAUUAGAUAGAAUAUAUUCAGGUUUGCAACAGAGGAUAUCUGCAGGGGGUUUCAUUAAAAAAACCAUGUUUAAUCUUGCUUACUCUUUAAAACUACGUCAUAUGAAAAAGGGUCAUAAGCAUUCUGAGGCAGCUCCACUGUGUGACAAAGUUGUCUUCAGCAAGGUAAAGCAAGGUCUUGGGGGUAAUGUAAGGCUUAUCUUAUCCGGAGCAGCACCUCUUGCCUCCCAUGUAGAAGAGUAUCUGAGAGUUGUGACAUGCUCUUAUGUUCUUCAAGGAUACGGCUUGACAGAAACUUGUGCUGGUACAUUUGUUUCAAUACCGGAUGAGUUGAAUAUGCUGGGCACAGUGGGACCUCCAGUGCCUAAUGUGGAUGUUUGUCUGGAAUCUGUUCCUGAAAUGGGAUACGAUGCACUUUCGAGCCAACCACGUGGAGAAGUGUGUGUAAGGGGGGAUACUCUGUUUUCUGGCUACUACAAACGCGAAGACCUAACCAAAGAAGUCUUUGUUGACGGCUGGUUUCACACAGGUGAUGUUGGUGAAUGGCAGGCAGAUGGCAGCUUGAAAAUUAUUGAUCGUAAGAAGAACAUUUUCAAACUCUCGCAAGGAGAAUAUGUUGCAGUAGAGAACUUGGAAAACAUCUAUGGUCUAGUUUCUGCCAUUGACUCGAUAUGGGUGUACGGGAACAGCUUCGAGUCUUGCCUUGUUGCUGUAAUAAACCCAAACAAACAAGCAGUGGAGGAAUGGGCUGCACAGAAUGGUGAAUCAGGGGACUUCGAGACCCUAUGUCAAAAUCCCAAAGUAAAACAAUACUUUGUUGGAGAGCUUGCAAGGAUCGGAAAAGAAAAAAAGUUGAAGGGUUUUGAAUUCAUCAAAGCUGUCCACCUUGAUCCAGUCCCGUUCGACUUGGAACGAGACCUUAUCACGCCAACGUUCAAGAUCAAAAGGCCCCAGAUGCUCAAGUACUACCAGAAUGCUGUUGACGACAUGUACAAGAGCUUGAAAUAAGCAGCCAUCAUACGAUGAAGGAGAGGCGGUAAUAUUAUGAAAAUCCCAGAGCGAUGACUGAAAUUAACUUAUUUUGGACUGUGUAUAAAAUAUUCCUUGAAUUUUAUUUAUCCUUCUACUCUCUCUGCUCAAUGUAUUAUCCGGAUCUUUUCUUUUUUCUUCCAUCUGACUUGUAUCUUGAAUUUGAUUGCCAGUGUCACUAUUUGUUUUUUAGUGUGAAAAAAUUUGUGGUGUUGCUCUUAGUAAUGAAAUACUACUACCUUUGUCAA